GUCUUCCAAGCACCAAUCUUUUUUUGCCCAGACGAUACGAAAUCCUCUGCUGAGUUUCCGCGAGCGAGGAUUCGGCGUUCCGGCGGCCGAGCUUUCCGCGAUCAGGCAGGAGAUGGGGAACUGUCUCGAGAGGUCUCGUCGCGGUCGCUGCGGCGGCGGCGGCGGCGCUGCCACGCAUUAUGCCAAGACGAGCGCCGUGUGGGUGGAGGAGGAGGUCGGCAGGAAGGAGGAGGAGGAGGCGCGCAAGGGCGAGAGCGCUCCGGCGGCAGGGGCCACAGAGGUGAAGAUCAGGAUCACGAGGAAGCAGCUGGAGGAGCUGCUGCGGCGCGUCGAGGGCGGCAAGGGAAGCGGCGACGGCGUGCCGGUCCGGGACGUCGUCUCGGAGCUGCUGGUCGUGGCGAGCACCAGCUCCAACUUCCGGCACAGGGAGGAGGUGCAGUGGCGGCCGUCGCUGCAGAGCAUACCCGAGUGAGAUCGAAUCCAUGCUACUUGUUGCUACAUCUACGACGAUACCCCCAGCAUGAUGUCUUAUUGUUGCCUCCAAUAGUCCUAUACUCCUAUUGGCCCAACACUAUCGUAGCACGUAGUACUGCGGUAGCAUAGUAUACAAUUGGUGUACAGUUGUUUAGGUUUGUAUCAAGAGAUGAGCUCGAGAUAGGCUUAUAUAUAGGGAUUAAGCUUAAACUUGUGCUUAGUUGUGUGGUGUUUGUGAAUUGAGCAACUAGUAGCUACUAGCUAGGAGGGCCUCUUCCAUUGCCUGCUGUAUGAUUUUUCGGACUUUGGGGUUGCACAAUUGUGUACAUAGUACUACUAUUAUCAUUCAGUUUGCUACUA